CACUGGUCUCCUUCCUUCCCCUCGUUUGGUCACUUUGGUAUCCGUCUGGCUCUCGGCGACUCCUGUCCUUCCCACUCAACCUCAAGGCAGAAGCGGCAGUGCGGCCCUCGAAACGUCCAUCGACAGAAGGUUGGGGAUCCCCUCUUCGCAUCCGCUCUUGACGCCCCCGUGUCGGCGUCUUCGCGGAGGCAGCAUUGCUCUGGGAGCUGCAACCUUGUCAUCCCGCCAUAGUUCCGCCGCCGCAGUGGAGGACAUCCCACCAGAGCCCACCGAAAACACUCUCCAAGCCGCCACUGGCCGCCCGGUGCCGCGUAGCUUAUGCCUGCCCCUGCCCCUCACCCCCCACCUGAGGUCGCUGACCAAGCCCCGCUUUCCCCCAAAAGGGAAUGGUCAAGCCAACCCUAAAUUCGGCCGGACUGGCAGGGGGCACCGGCCAUUGCCCGAUCAUCGCUCCAUUGGGCUCCACUGCCGUGGGGCCAUCUUGCAGACAGCCAAGAGAAGUCACGUUAGUCAACACGUGAUCGUGCCAAGAUGAUCCCUCGAGAACCCAACUCCCUGGACCCUGUCUCCUGACAAUCCCUUCUUCUCCUUCCAGCCUUCCAGUUCCGCUCCACACUCACAAUCCUUGACCGCAGUGCCCCGGCUCCUACCCGCGACACUAGAGGUACCUCAAAGGCCGCUUUCCCGCCUCCCUGUGAUCGCGCCGUUACGUUGCCCACCGCAUCGCCCGACGCCUUGCUGCAGGCACUCAAGUUCACUCCCCACAGCACCUCCCGAAACACCUUCCUGACCUGCAACACCGCUCCCGCCCCGGGAAUAUCAUCAUCAUCACCAUCACCACCACCACCACCAUCGACAUCGACCCCCUAACCCGACGGCGCCGAAUUCCGAACCGAUCGUCGCAUCGCAUAUCGCAUAUCGCAUCGCAUCGCAUCGCAUCGCAUCGCAUCGCAUCCCGUCUCCUCCCUUCUCGAUCCUCUUUUUUUCCUGUCGCAUCCAACAAAGCCACUCCUCAAGAUGGUGGUGGGUACCCCGAAGUUUCUUGCGUCGUUAGCGUUGCUGUUCUUCAUUCUGCGUCCGAAUCUCGGACGUUUGAGCCACUAUGCCUUUGACGCUGUCCUGCUUUCGGCAUUCCUCGCUGGAAUGAAGCGAUCGACCGGUCUGACUUUCAAAACUGACAAGGUCGCUGGCGAAAACAAGGAGGUUGGAAAAUGGGUUGACAAGUAUCUCGGCGUCGGCGAAUGGGUGAUGGACCAGUCUGUCGCCAUUGCUGGUUCGAGCGGCUGGUUCGACAGGACCCGAUAAAUGGCGGAUGGCAGAGAACGUCGCGAGCCUUGGUACAUCGAAGGCGAUACCAUCCUUCACAGCUGAAGAGUGAGGAUCGAAAUCAUUGUUCUUGUCCAAGGAGGCGUGCUGAUUGGGAAUCGGUUAUUUCCCGGCUGGAGGAGGGGAUCGUGGCGCCAUGACACGAGCAUUGGCGGUUUCUACCCCACGUAUAUAUAUCUCUUGGACAGAAUGGCCAGUCGUUAUGUUUGUCGAAGAGAGGAAGCAGAGAAGGUGUUUCUGAGUUUGGCUAGUUUUGGCCGGCUCAAGUGCUGAUCGGCCUCCUCAUAUCCGGCAGUGGAUGCCAGUAGCCAGGCGGGCUGGGUCGGGAGGGGGAUGGAUCUUUAGAGGACUGGGCGUUCAGGAGCGGUUCUGAUGACCGCGGGAUACACACCUGUUUCUUUUGCAUUUUUGUGCUUUUCGAUAGGGUUUUGAAUCAGGAAUAACUGCACUUUGAUGCCCUGGGACUUUCCAAGGGUUCUCGCAGCAGUUUUCGUGGCCCAAAGUUGCGCAUGUCCGUUGUCUCCGCAAGUUGUUU